UUGCACUUUCUUUUCUGGGAUUCGUUUUUAUUGGUGGUGACAUUCUCUCCUUGUUGUACUGUACUUGAUGCACAGUAAAUUCAUUGAAGACCAACGUUCAUCCAAACAUCCCAUGUCGUUUUAUGCCAUAGGGUAGGGCCGUUUCUUCUGCUUACACCACCCCAUUUCUCCAUCUGCUCUGUAAUUUUGUUCAAGUUCCAGCUUUAUGCGUGGACGAACAGGGGCCGUUUGAAAACAACAAAAAUCUUCACGGCAGAAAGCUGCCUCUGCGACCUUGAUCCUCGCUGACCUCUGUUCUGCAUCUUUUUAGCUCUGUUUACGGUUGGUGACUACCUGAGUUCAUGUUUUUUUUUUGAGUAUUUCAGUCACUUUCUCUGUUCUGACUCUACUUUAUCUCUGAUUAGUGAAUCUUUUCCCUCCGGAUUCUUCCUUUCUCUCUCGAUUUUUGAGUCUUCGUGAUUUCUUCAAGCGUCAAAAUCGACUGAUAUCACCUCUCAUCAGCCGCUUCUCAGUUGCAGUCUUUUUGGCUUCAAGGGGUUCGGUUUUGGUUAAUUAAUUGUUGUUCUUUAUCUGGAGCACGCUUUUUAAAAAAAUUAGUUUCUACCCAGUUGAUCAAGAAUGUCGUUUUCAUGUUCAUCCGAAUUUCUCAUCGGAAUCUAGAAAGUUUCAAGGUCUAAAGCUUAAUCAGCACAAAAUCUCGGGGGUGUAGUUUUUGGUUGAAUUAUUGACUCGGUGAGAUAUUUUUCCGCCGUUAUCUCCACAAUUCCGGCUCUGGGUGUUCAAAAAAACUUCGAUUCUGAAGAUUGAUCAUAAAAAUUGUUCAUCUUGCAUUUUGUCUGCCAUUGGGUUAAUUUAAGCUUGCGGCGUGGUGUAGUGCGACUGUCAGUCGUUCGUACACAGGAUAACGAGCCUUGGCGCGUGAACCUGAUGAAUUUUGCGGCAAUUUUUGUGACGCGUCCUAUUUCAUUUCCGUACUUAAUCUAAUGGGUUGCAUUUUUUCGAGGGUUUGUAUUGGCGAGGAAACUACUUCAAGAUCUUCGAGAAUCGCUGAAGCCCAAAUUGCCAAGACCGCCGCUGAAAUCGAUACGAUCUCUUCUUCGUCUUCUAAUAGCCGAGAAGGCGGAAUCGGUGACCAACGAAAUCGAUUGAAUUCAAACAACAGAGAUUCAGAAGUUGAAAUCACGAGGCUGUCGAGAGUUUCUUCUCAGUUCUUGCCCGCCGAGGGGUCUCGAACCAUCAAAGUUCCUUCUGGAAACUUCAAAUUACAAUAUUCGUUUCUUUCGCAAAGAGGGUAUUAUCCCGAUGCCCUUGAUAAGGCAAAUCAAGACAGUUUUUGCAUCCACACCCCAUUUGGGAACAGUCCAGAUGACCAUUUCUUUGGGGUUUUCGAUGGGCAUGGGGAAUUUGGAACACAGUGCUCGCAGUUUGUUAAACGGAAGCUCUGUGAAAAUUUACUUAGGAAUAGUAGGUUCCACAGUGACGCGGUUGAAGCUUGUCAUGCGGCUUAUUUAACAACUAAUUCACAGUUGCACGCAGAUAUCUUGGAUGAUAGCAUGAGUGGUACUACGGCUAUUACUGUUUUAGUUAGAGGUAGGACUAUAUAUGUUGCUAAUUCAGGUGAUUCGAGAGCCGUUAUAGCAGAGCGGAGAGGGAAGGAAGUCGUGGCUGUCGACCUCUCAAUCGAUCAAACUCCGUUCCGAACCGACGAAGUUGAACGUGUUAAGCUUUGUGGUGCUAGAGUUCUUACACUUGAUCAGAUUGAGGGGCUGAAGAACCCUGAGAUUCAGUACUGGGGUACUGAAGAAGGAGAUGAUGGUGAUCCUCCUAGGCUUUGGGUACCUAAUGGGAUGUACCCUGGUACUGCUUUCACAAGAAGUAUAGGCGACUCGAUUGCCGAGACUAUUGGCGUUGUUGCUACGCCUGAAAUUGUUGUUCUGGAGCUGACACCAGAUCAUCCUUUCUUUGUUGUUGCUAGUGAUGGGGUAUUUGAGUUUCUUUCGAGCCAAACCGUGGUCGACAUGGUUUCUAAAUAUAAAGAUCCCCGUGAUGCUUGUGCUGCAAUUGUGGCUGAGUCCUAUAAACUUUGGCUUCAAUUUGAGACUCGAACAGAUGAUAUCACUGUUAUCGUGGUGCAUAUCAAUGGACUAACCAAUACUGUUACUAGUGAAUCGACAAGAUCUGUUGGAGGUGGUAUCGUUCCAUCUGCUCUUCCUCAAGUCGUGGAGGUGACAGGAUCAGAAUCUCCUUCUACCUUUGGCUGGAAUAGAAACAACCGUGCAAGGCAAGAUUUGUCAAGGGCACGUCUCCGGGCUAUCGAGAGUUCCCUAGAGAACGGGCAAGUCUGGGUGCCUCCAUCUCCAGCUCAUAGGAAGUCGUGGGAAGAAGAAGCACAUAUUGAACGAGCAUUGCACGACCAUUUCCUCUUCAGAAAACUAACUGAUUCUCAGUGCCAAGUCUUACUAGAUUGUAUGCAAAGAGUUGAUGUCAUACCCGGGCAAAUCGUAGUCGAACAAGGUGGUGAAGGUGACUGUUUUUAUGUGGUUGGCAGUGGAGAAUUUGAGGUCUUGGCAACCCAGGAAGAAAGCCAUGGAGACGUUCCUCGAAUUCUGCAACACUACACAGCUGAGAAGCUAUCUUCCUUCGGGGAACUGGCUUUGAUGUAUAACAAACCACUUCAAGCCUCAGUACGUGCUGUUACAAGCGGGACGCUUUGGGCUUUGAAAAGAGAGGACUUUCGUGGCAUUCUUAUAUCAGAAUUUUCGAACUUGUCAUCUUUGAAAUCUCUUCGAUCUGUCGACCUUUUGUCGAAGUUAACAAUCUUGCAAUUGAGUCGCAUUGCAGAUUGCCUUUCUGAAGUUACCUUCGCAGAUGGGCAGCUGAUUGUUGAUGGGACGGAAGACGCCUCAUGUGCACUGCACAUUAUUCAGAAGGGACGAGUGAGGAUCACUUUCGAUGCGGAGUUAAUGAGCAGUUCAAAUGUUUACAGCUUCAAUUAUGCCAGUCAAGAAGAGGACGAUGCCGCACGGAGUGGUAACGAGAUCGUAGCUAUUAAGAAAGAGGGAAGUUAUUUUGGUGAAUGGGGACUUCUUGGUGAGCAUGUGGGCUUCUUACAGGCAGUUGCUGUGGGAGAUGUUGUGUGUUCUAUUUUAACAAAGGAAAAGUUUGAAUCAGUUGUUGGCCCUUUACCAAAGCUCUCUCAAGAUGAUCAAAAGGCGAAGGAACAUUCUUCAGACACUCUCCAUCACUCAGACAAAAUUCUUGACAUUUCAGCUAUUCCGAAAGUCGAGCUCGCUGAUCUGGAGUGGAAAACGUGUUUAUAUUCCACAGAAUACAGUGAAAUCGGUCUAGUUCGGUUAAGGAACACAGCAGAAACUACGCUUAGUUUAAAAAGGUUUACAAGACAGAAGGUCAAAAGGCUGGGACUUGAAGCACAAGUUUCAAAGGAGAAAGAUCUUAUGAAGAGCAUCAGUUCUUUAGCUUGUGUGCCGCAAAUUCUCUGCACUUGUUUAGACCAAUCACAUGCUGGCAUAUUGCUAAAAACACGCCUUGCUUGUUCUUUGUCUUCGAUACUUCAAGUCCCGCUCGAUGAAUCUUCUGCACGUUUCUUCGCAGCCUCUCUUGUUAUGGCACUAGAAGAUUUGCACAAGCUUGGUGUUCUCCACAGAGGAAUCUCCCCUGAUGUUCUAAUGUUGAAUCAAACCGGACACAUACAGUUAGUAGACUUCAGAUAUGGGAAACGAACAACGGGCGAGAGAACGUAUACUAUUUGCGGGGCGGCCGACUUUUUAGCUCCCGAGAUAGUUCAGGGCAAUGGCCAUGGUUUCGCUGCUGACUGGUGGGCCCUGGGAGUCUUAAUCUAUUUCAUGCUGAAAGGUAAAAUGCCAUUCGGAUCAUGGCGACAAGGCGAGCUCGAUACGUUUUCGAAGAUUGCAAGAGGACAAUUAAGUGUUCCCCAGAUUUUCAGUCAUGAAGCAAUUGAUCUCAUCGUCAAGUUACUUGAAGUUGAUGAGAAGAAAAGACUUGGAAACGAGAAUCAAAACUCUGUUAGAAGUCAUCCCUGGUUCGAUGGCAUUGAUUGGAAGGGAAUCCACGACGGUACCUUUCCCAUUCCCGAGUCAAUUACUUCUCGUGUCGCUCGAUAUUUGGAGAGCUACCCUGAAGAUUACAGUGUUUCUUUAGUCAAACCAACUCGAGAUCGUGAUGAACAGGAUGACCCCGAGUGGAUCAACGACUGGUAGAGUGUAUCGAUCGGUUCCAGUUGUUUUCUUUCAUAAUUCGAGAAAUUGUUCGACAUAAGUUCAUGUG